AUGACUGGACCUACCACUCCUCAAAUCUUGCGGGAUACCCUUGGUCCGAUGCCGGGGAGUUUUACGGCGUUGUUUGCUGUUUGGCGAUGGGUGCACUUUCCUGUGUUGUUCUUGUUGGCUGUGAUCAUAUGCCUACGAAGCGAGGACGUCAACGACAGUCUACGGCUAGCUAUUGCCAAUAAUGUGGCCGAAGCUGCCGAGGCGAACGCUGUCGGUAAUAACACCAUGACUUACUACUAUCUGUCAUGGGUACCUGGCAUUGACGGACCUUCCAGGGCUCAGCUGCCGUUCCAAAUCACUGGUGUUGGAAGUGGGAGGACGUACACUCUGCGAGCAGGCUAUCUUGGCCCAUUCCCAGAGAACCCUUCUGAGACCGGUCCUCCUGCAAGUCUUUUCAUAGCAGCGCUGCCACAUCAAGGUAACAGUGGCGCCGAAAUGGCGAAAGACGCUACAAUCAUGCAAUGCACUCUUUGGAAUAUGACCUACAACACCACCUACAGCUACGCGGACGCAGUGCAGAAUAUUACAGCCACGAUAGACGCCUCGACUGGCUCACCUGUGUCGCCAGAGGAAAGCUUUACACUCAACGCCACGAAUGCACAUGACUACCAGAGUGACUUCCAGCGGCUAUCCUUCCAGUCCAUCUUAGACACACUCACAUAUUUUAUCAACGGUGCCAUCAGCUUCCAGGCCGGCAAUGCCAGCCAACUAACCUACUGGUCUGGCAACAAGUCCCUGAUAGCCAUGGACUCCGGUAUCGUGCGCAUGGUUUUGCUCGACACACCAGAACUCAGCUUUCUGAAGUCAAAUGCUAGUCCUGCCCUUACAUAA